AUGCUUUUGGGUGGUGGGAACAUGGAGAAGAUGUGGUCUGUCCAGCUGUCUCUUGGAGUGCUAACCAUCUUGACCAUGGCUGUGUAUGUCCCAUCUACACAUGGAGAGCCUUUUUUGCUACAAGAGAACCGAGUGCUUCCGGAGAGAGAAGACACAAAUCACGAGGACACCCUGCUGACUCUGCUCCUUAAUAAGAAGCUUGCAUGGCGGAGACCGGAAAAUAUCAAUUGGGAGCUGGCAAAGAAAUUUGAAGAGCUUGAACAGCUGGAGAAGUUGAAGGAUCAGCUCUCAGCUGAGGAAGGGUCAGAGGUGGCCUACGCCUUGGAAAGUCUCACAGCAUCCCAGCCCAAAAAACGCGCCUGCUUUUGGAAAUACUGCAUCUGA